CCCGGCCCGGCCGCUUCUCCCGGCCCCGCCCCGCCCGGCCCGGCUCGGCCAUGGCGCUGCUGCGGGCGGCCGCGCUGCCCGCCGAGGGCUGCCCGGCCUGGCUGCCCACGCACGUCCAGGUGACGGUGGUGCGGGCCCGCGGGCUGCGCUGCAAGGGCGGCGGCAAAGGCAAAGCGGGCGGCAGCGACGCGUACACCGUGAUCCAGCUGGGCCGCGAGAAGUACAGCACCUCGGUGGCCGAGAAGAGCGGCGGCAGCCCAGAGUGGAGGGAGGAAUGUGCCUUCGAGCUGCCCCCCGAGCCCGGGGCCUGCGCCGAGCUGGUGCUCACGGUGAUGCACCGGGCGCUCGUGGGCAUGGACCGGUUCCUGGGCCAGGCCCUGGUGCCCCUGGAGCCCGCCCGGCAGCGCGGCCGCGGGCCCGACGAGCGGUGGUACAAGCUGCACUCCAAGGCUGGGAAGAAGGAGAAGGAGCGUGGUGAGAUCCUGGUGAGCCUGCAGUUCACCAGGCACAGCCUGACCGCCAGCAUGUUCGACCUGUCCGUGAAGGAUAAGGCACGCUCGCCCUUCGGCAAACUCAAGGACAAAGUGACGGGCAAGAAGAAGUACGACCUGGAGUCGGCCUCUGCCAUCAUCCCCAGCAGCAUGGCAGCCCUGGACAUGGAGGAUGACUUGGAGCUGGGGGGCAAGAAGUCCAAGCUGAAGGGUUUCUUCCUGAAGAACAAGUUGCGGCGGUCGUCACUGACGCAGUCCAGCACGUCCCUGGGCUCGGACAGCACCAUCUCCUCUGCCAGCCUGAGCCUGGCAGCGCCCAUGCCUGAGGUGCCCAGGUCCCCCAGCAGGCAGGGCAGCCUGUCCAGCGAGCGCUCUGUGAAGGAGCCGCUGGCCUCGCCCAAGCUGAGCCACAAGCGAGCGUUCAGCGAUGAUGUGUCCCAGUGCGGCCCCGCAGAGGUCCCGCAGAGUCCCCAGGCCCGGAGGGACCCCGGCUCCCGCUCGUCCCUGUGCAUCAACGGCAGCCACGUGUACGGGGAGGAGGCGGCGGUGCCCCGGAACCCGCCCGCCUCCGCGCCCCUGCCCGUGCCCCGCAGGCAGGACGAGCCCCUGGGCUUCACCCCGCUGCACGCCGAGCCCCACUGGGGGCUGGGCAGCCUGGAGAGGGCCCAGCAGAGGGACGAGCCUCGCUUCAUCCCGUCCCCUCCCAGCCUGGCUCUGCAGGAAGAGCUCAAGGUGUCCACCAAGGCCGUGACCCUCAGCAACCACCUGGGCAGGGCGAGGAUGGAGGAGAGCGCCCGCCUGGAGGGCAAACCCAGCCAGGGUGCGGCUCCUCCGGGCUUCCCCACCGAGCCAGCCAAGGACAGAGCAACCGAGGACACCAGGAAGGAGGAUAAGAAAGCCAAGGGAGGCUUCUUCCACCACGGGGGCAAAGGCCAGGGGGACAGAGGGACCCCCGUCCACACCUCUGCCGCGGGGGAUGAGAGGAGUAAGAGCAGCGGCUGGUUUGGGUCCAAGGAGCCCAAAGAGUCCCCUCAGAAACCCAGCCUGGAAGUGUCUCCUCAGGUAGAAACCAGCUCAGAUGCUCCUUCUCAUUGUGCUCCCCGCUCCCCUGCCCCGUGCCCCGCUGCCCUUGCCGCUAGCAUGCCGAGCUCUAACCUCCCUCCCGCUCCUGGAGACAGACAGGCCGGAUGCUUGGCCCCCACCAACCCAUUCCUCGACUCCCUGCAGAGCAAUCCCUUCUUUGAGGAGCUCCUCGCUGACCAGGUACUAAAUUCUCCUUCACCUACUCACUUUCUCUCUAGUUUCCCGCCUGGGCCGCGUGCUGCACCCGAGGUCGCUGGGAGCUUUUAUUCCUCUGAGGAUUGCAGUCCCUCUGGCUCCCCAAGGCGCACAGAGCCCCAGAGGGAGUCUCCAGCCCAGAGCGUUGGUGUCCCCGUGCCUGAAACCAGUCCCCCAGCACCGGGAGAGCUCCCUCCUGCCGACACUGACACGGAGCCUGCUGUCCCCUCGGAGUGGGACGAUACCUUCGAUGCCUUUGCCACCAGCAGGCUCAAACCAGAGCGGAACAAGGAGAACUUUUUUGCCUCGGUGGCAGCAGAGGGCAUGGCUUUCAUCGAUGACCCCAGAGCCAGCCCGACGGAGAGCUCAGCGGGGCCGCCUUGCCAGAAGGGCUCCCAAGUGUUCGAAAAGGCGGCUGAAAUCCCUGCGGCUCUCCGCUCUUGGACAAAUUUCUCCGCUUUAGACGUGGGGGCCAACCUGGUGAGCACCACCCAGGAGGCCACGGUGAUCGAGGACGUGCUGAGCCCCGUGUCCGCGGGCUCCAUGGCCAGGAGGAGGAAAAGCAGCACGCCCAUGGUCUGGACAGCCGCCUUUGCCUCGGGCAACCCCGGGGACAAAGAGGCGUCAGCAGCACUGAGCACUGAAAAUAGCGCUAGGGAGGAGGGGGACAGCGGUGAGGAGGAGUCCUGCAGCACGGGGACGAACGGCUGGAUGACCAUAGCCACGGAGAGCGCCGCCGAGCCCUCAGAGAGCGCCGGGGAGCACCCGGCUCCUCAGGCCCCCUUCGGCCCGCGCCCGCCCUUCCUGGGCGAGGGCACCUUCGAAGCCCAGAGCUCGUCCCGUGCCACCACCACCACCUGUGUGCUACCCAUGAGCUCCUUCCCCGCCGAGCCGGCCCCCGAGGCCCCGCCGGGCAGCACCGUGGUGGCGGCCGUGCCCCCGCGGGUGCCGGGGGACGCGGCGGGACGGAGGUUCCCCGAAGCGGGCUUGGAGCCCGGGGAGGGCGCCUUGGACAUUCGCAGCUCGGUGUUCCGGCUACAGGCCAGCAUGCGGCUGGAGGCCAGCGAGGGCCUGCUGCACUUCAGCUCCGACAUCCGCGAGAGGCGCGUGGUGCUGUCGCCGUGGGCAGGGCCUCAGGGCUGCCCGGAGCUGCCGCCCGGGCCGCCCCCCAAACCACCCCGGCGGUUCGCGGCCGCGGGCCCCGUGGGGGACGGCGAGGACGAGGAGCCUGGUGGCACCCAGCGAGGCAGGCAGGAGCCGUGGGAAGAGUCAGAGGGCCCAGGAGCAGAGAUGGGAUUGCCGAGGAACCGUGCGAGCAGUGAGCCCUCCGUGCCGGCGCCUCCCAUCCUGCUCGCACCCGGAGCGGCCGCCGCUGAAGCCGGGAGAGAGUUCGCAGCGUCUGAGGGUGCCAGAGCUGUUGCUAUGGACCCAGCAGCUGGUGUGGGGAUAGGAGCCGACGCCUCUGUGGGCGAACACCCAUCAGACAUGAACGAGACAGAUGUGGCCGAACAGUUUGAGACUUGCAUGUCCAACUUCUCCCUGGAUGGACUGGACCGGUCGGGUGCUGAGGAGAGCAGGAGCCAGCCCCGUUUAUCCCCUCAGGGGGCCACAGACAGUGCCAAGUGGGAAAUGGCCUCCAAGCAGGAGCUGUUCCCCGAGGAGCUCAGUAUUUCAGGACUAAACCCACCUUCCAAGCUAGACCUGGGCCAGCCCACCAGCUGGACAGCUCUGGGAGAGCAGGAGGCAGCUGGGCAUCCACACCCGCCGCCCCAAAGGUUAGAACACAGGCAGAGGCCAUGCCAGCUGGAGCUGGCGUGCCAGGAUGGCGAGGGGCGAGCAGGAGAGCAGCCCAGGCCCCGUGCCCCUCCCCGGGAGGCAGAGCAGGGCAGGACCCCCGCCAGCGAGGAGCCCCAGGGGCGCUGGGCAGAGAGCAGGAUAGACUUCAAGAAAGCCGAUUUCUGGAAGCCAGAUAAGAUAGAGAGGCACACACAGGGAGCUUCAGCCCCGAGAAACCCCUUCACCCUGGCGCUGAGCCCCAAUUCCCCGAGCAACCCCUUCGUGGAGAGGCCCCCAGCCCCUGUCCCUGUCCAGGCUGUGCUGCCCGAAAAGCUUGAGCAGGGCGACUUCAGCUUCCGCAGCCCGCAGGAGGAGCCCCCCGGGCACGGCUUGCAGCCCACUAACGCUACCCCCCUGCAUGUCAGCCCGCCCCUGGCCUUCUCCACCCCUUUCCCCGCGGCUGCCACUAACCCCGAGCCGUGUGGCCGCCCCCGGGCCCCCGCGGGGGUCCCCGCCCGCCGCGCCGCCGCCCGGCCCUGCCCGUGCCCGCAGCCCGGGGAAGCUUCGGCGCUCCUGGUUCUGCCCAGGGAGACACGGCCGGCUGAGAAGCCCCUUGGCCAGCAGACGACCAGCCCCCACCCCGUGAAGCCCCUGAGUGCAGUGCAGGAGGGCUCCAGCGAGAGGAAGCAGCAGCACAGGGCCAGCCUGGGCUCAGCACUGAGCAAUGGCCUGGAGAGGCUGAAGACAGUGACCACGAGCAGCGUCCAGCCCCUGGCCCCGACCUCCCAGCAGGACAAAACUGACCCCAAGGUAAAGCAGGACCCUGGCCAGCUGGACCAGUCAGCCAAGUAUUACCACCUGACCCACGAUGAGCUGAUCCAGCUGCUGCUGCAGAAGGAGGGCGAGCUGAGCAAGAAGGAGGAGCACAUCCAGGAGCUGGAGAACUACAUUGACCAGCUGCUGGUGCGCAUCAUGGAGCAGUCCCCCACGCUGCUGCAGAUCCCUCUGGGGGGAGGCCAGGCCCCCUGAGCCUGCCCAGGGCAGCAGCAGCCAGCAGAGCUGUGCCCCCUGAGCCUGCGCAGGGCACCCAGCAGAGCUGUGCCCCCUGAGCCUGCCCAGGGCACCCAGCAGAGCUGUGCCCCAGUAACCACCACGCUGCCAACACCCCUGCACCCCCUCUUCUCGCCCGAGGCCUGCAGUGGCUUCUGUUCCCAGAGUUAGCAGGAAGGGUUAUCUGCUCCUUCCCAGCCCAAGCUUAGCCCAGCUCAGCUCCAGGGAGCUGUAGGGUGGUGGGCUGCCAGCACCCUAUGGGGAGGAGCAGAGCCCUCCCCACCAGGCAGGUGCCUCUGCAGGUUCCUGUUGCUGUGACCAAGUGCCACCUCCCGGGCACUCCUCCUGCCAGAGCUUUAAAUGACCCCUGGACAUCUGAGAGCUGGAAACCAUCUCCUCGUGACUUCACCCUGCUGCUGCUCCUCUGCCCACACUCCUCCUCCUCCUCUCUCCCCUGAGAGUGGUGUCCCCUGGCUGGUGUUGAGCUGCUGGGUGACACUGGGGACACUGAGACCCAGUGAGACUCCCCCAGUACAUUCCUGAGCAGAGCCUGUGGGACACCCCUUCCCCUCCUCCCCCAGUUACCCCCAGUGAAGGAUGAAGAGCCAACUCCAGUUUGUGCCACUCUCUCACCACACUUGUGGGAGAUGCUCCACAAAGGGACAGUGCCAGGCCUAGGUGGUGUCACUGGUGGCUCUGUCAUAGCACCAGUGACACUGCCUGGGUCCCUCAUGGUUGGACUGGGAAUAUGGCAAAGGUGCCCCAGGAGUGCUGCAGGAGAUCCUUUGCAUGCCCCCACCCAGCAGGGGCUGCUGUGCCCUGGAGGGACCAAGGAGUGCAGAAUCCACAUUGAAUUUCCACUCAGUAUUCCCAGGAAUGGCUGCUCACAGCUGCCCUGCCCUGUUCUGCCUCAUCUGUCCAGCACAGCCAGAAAACACCCCCAGAGCAAGGUCUGGGGGGUCUGACCCCUCUGCAGGGCCCCUGCAGGGUCAGACACCCCAAAACCUCUUGGCACAGCCCAGAAUUCCCAAAUCCUGGCAGGGCAGUGCCCUGCUCUGCUGAUCACAUCCACAGGCUGGGAUUGGCUCUCCAGGGCAGUGCCCAGCCUGCUGCCCUGAUCAUAUCCACACACUGGGAUGGGCUCUCCAGGGCAGUGCCCAGCCUGCUGCCCUGAUCACAUCUAUGGGCUGGGAUCAACUCUCCAGGGCAGUGCCCAGCCUGCUGCCCUGAUCACAUCUAUGGGCUGGGAUCAACUCUCCAGGGCAGUGCCCAGCCUGCUCCCCUGAUCACAUCCACAGGCUGGGAUGGGCUCUCCAGGGCAGUGCCCAGCCUGCUCUGCUGAUCACAUCCACAGGCUGGGAUCAGCUCUCCAGGGCAGUGCCAAGCCUGCUGCCCUGAUCAUAUCCACACACUGGGAUGGGCUCUCCAGGGCAGUGCCCAGCCUGCUGCCUGAUCAGAUCCCAGGCUGGGUUCAGUUCUGCAGGGCAGUGCCCAGCCUGCUGCCCUGAUCACAUCUAUGGGCUGGGAUCAACUC